AUGCGCUUCCUCUCCACAGCAGCCUCGGCGCUGCUCGCCGUCAGCCAAGUGGCCGCAGCUACCCUCAAGCGCCCCCUGACGAACCUGGCAGCUCGCGAGGCACCCAUAGCGCCCAAAUUCUUCAUCAUCAGCAUGUUCACACCAGAGGCAAACAUCUGGUAUGAGAAGCUUCCCAGCAGCGGGCUUGGCGAUCUCCUGGCUGUCAAUGUCAGCACCCCCGGCCUCUCCAUGCUGUUCCCUCACGUCCACUGCACGGAGGAUCUUCAAAUCUGCCAAGUCACCACGGGCGAGUCGGAGAUCAACGCAGCCGCGACCAUCACCGCCGUCGUGCUCUCCGACAAAUUCGACCUCACCUCGACCUACUUCAUGAUUGGCGGCAUCGCGGGCGUGAGCCCCGAGUGGUCCACCCUGGGCGGCGUCGCCCUCUCCCGGUACGCCGUCCAGGUCGCACUGCAGUACGAGUUCGACGCGCGCGAGAUGCCCGAGAACUUCACCACCGGCUACGUGGGCUACGGCACCCUGCGCCCCGGCGUCCUGCCCGAGACCUGGUAUGGCACCGAGGUGUUCGAGGUCAACGAGGACCUCCGCCAGGCCGCGUACAAGCUCGCGUCCAGGGCGAACCUCAGCGACAGCGCCGUCGCGGCCGAGUACCGGGACCUCUACGCCGCCAACGGCGAGGCCCACCUCGCGGCCACGCAGCCCCCGAGCGUCGUCCUCUGCGACGGCGCCACCAGCGACGUGUACUACUCCGGCGCGCUGCUGGCCGAGGCGUUUGAUAAUACCACGACGCUCUGGACCAACGGCUCCGGGCACUACUGCAUGAGCGCGCAGGAGGACAACGCCACGCUCGAGGUGCUGCUGCGGAUGGCCAUCGAGGGCCUCGUCGACUUCUCGCGCAUCAUCAUCAUGAGGACCGGGUCCGACUUCGACAGGCCCCCGCCCGGCGUGACCGCCUACGAGCACCUCCUGAUCAACGACCAGAACGGGUUCGAGAUCGCGGUGGAGAAUAUUUACUACGCCGGCGUUGAGAUCGCCAAGGGUGUUCUGGGCGAGUGGAACUGCACCUUCAAGGCCGGCGUCAAGCCUUCCAACUACAUCGGCGAUGUGUUUGGCUCGCUCGGCGGUGAGCCUGACUUUGGACCUGGGAGCAUCACGCAGGGCCUGGCGGUGCUGCCUGAUGGGAAGACAGGAGAUCUGCAGACAAGAGAUGUGGAGGCAGUCGAGGGUGUCAAGGGCAAGAGAUCCGCGGCUGUCAGGCGGGGCAAGGACCUGCGACGGCGCAGGGGCUUGCCUGUGAUGAGGAUGUAG